UCUCGGGUUCAGUUAGUCGUCAUCAGUUAUUGCGUAUGUAGAAGUUGCGUCCACUAAAUUUAGUGAAUUCUCAUUUGGUCAAAAUGACGACCGAUUCAAAAAUUUUAGCAUAUUUUAAAUCGUUGCGAAUAGUUCACCUAAUCUUGGCCGUGAGUUUUGUCACUGCCGGACUUUGCGUGAACUUCGUACAAAGUGUUUUAUUCGUUACGUUAAAACCCAUUAAUGCCAGAUUGUACCGCAAAAUUAAUUAUUACGUCACCUAUUUCUUGAAUUGUUUUAUCGUCUACAUGGUGGAAUGGUGGUCCGGGUCGGAAGCCAUUAUUUAUGGGGAUCCGGUCAUGGUGAAAAAAUGCAUGGGGAAAGAACACGCGCUUCUAUUAAUUAAUCAUAAUUUAGAAAUUGAUUGGUUAUUUGGAUGGACGAUUUUCGAAAGGUUGGGAGGUUUAGGAAAUAUUCGUUCCUAUUGCAAAAAAGUUUUGCAAUACGUCCCAAUUUUUGGAUGGUCUUGGAAAUGUCAGGAAUUCGUUUUUCUUGAUAGAAAUUGGGAAAAGGAUCGUAAAAAUUUAGGCCGACAGUUACGAGCACUGACACAAUAUCCGGAUCCUGUCUGGCUAUCCCUGUUUCCUGAGGGGACCAGAUUUACAUCGGACAAACAUGCCGCUAGCAUGAAAAUUGCUGCCGAAAAGGGUCUCCCUCUCUUGAAACAUCACCUUCUCCCAAGGACGAAAGGGUUCACGGCGAGUAUUCCACAUCUUAGGGGAAAGUUUGAUGCGAUCUAUGAUGUCGUAAUGGCUGUUGAAAAGACUUGUAACAAUCCUGCCUCCGUCGUAUCCAUGAUGGAAGGAAAACCAUUAAAGAUUAUUUCACUCUACAGACGAAUUCCGAUGAGUCAAGUUCCCGACGAUGAGACGGAGGCAGCAGCCUGGUUACAGAAACUUUACCAAGAAAAGGAUAAAGUGCUGGACAAUUACGAAAAAUAUGGGAAAUUCGUCCCGGAGGAAGAUCGAGACAAAGAGGAGUACAAAACUUACCAAAGUUUUGAAACGUUCCAACUCCCCCGAAGAUAUUAUACUCUUUGUAUUGCGACGAUUUGGGGUUGCAUUGUUAUGAUGGGAUUAAGUCGGUACUUUUGGCAUGUCUUGAUGAGUGGGAGUGUCGCCCAAAUUCUUCUCCUGGUCUCCGUCUGUGGUGGAGCGUAUGCAGGGUUAAAUUAUGUAAUAAAUUUGACCAAGAUUAGUACCAGUUCCAGCUAUGGCACUUCCAAAGCGAGCUAAUCAGUUCAAUACUUAAAUUGAACAGAAUUGGAAUAUUUUUGUAAAUUUGGGAAGAAAUCGAAUGAAUAAAAAACCAAUGCAAAAUUGUGAAUUUAAAAACAUAUGUAA